CCACCCGGCAGUGCCGCCGACGCAACGAGUCAUUUGUUCUUCGCGUAUCUCCGGUCCCUUGCGCCUGAACGGACUCUCGGUGGCAUCUCGCUACUGCCCAUGUCGCUGCAGAAGCUACUCCAGGAAACCGAAUACCCACCCCAGAGGCCGGCGCUCAUGCAGACUUCGACCAACAGGGUUUCCAUGAUCGUCGAUACCGUGUCGCCGACGCCCUUCGCCCUGCUGCGGAGGGCCAACCACUUCCAAUACCGUGACGAGGACACCGCGCUCAAGGAGUGGUCAGAAUACGAGGAUCCCAUCCAGGCGCUGACCGAGGAGUGCCGCAGAGUUCUUAGGGCGAUCUCUGCUGCAAACCAGUCUCACGCGGUCUCUAGUUCGAAGCAUUCGACGAGCCUUCGCGACGCCUCCUGGUCUCGCUUCGAAGACAUCGGCUUUGCGAGCGCGCUCGAGGAGGACGACUGGGAGGACGAUUCUCUCCUUGCCCUUCGGCGACGGCAGGAAGGGCUAAGGAACGCCCCUGCCUCGGGAAAUGGCGACCUGGGACGGCCAACGACUCCGUCGUGGGCGGACUUCCUCUCGUCGGGCUUCGUGGACGAGCGGGGCGUGUCGAAUACGUUAUUGCCUCCCGACAAGGUCCUGCCCCCGAUCGACACGGGCAUUCGGCAGCGGAGCUCCCAGUCUCAUAGACCGAGACUGGAGAGCGACCAUCAGCUGGAACCUGGCGAGCUGGCGAGCAUCGUCCGAUUCGAUCUCGACGACGCCUUCUGGUGGGUGUGGAUGAGCAGCUUGGCGCCGGAAGAGACGCCCGAGAGGAAGGCAGUGUUCGGCCGCUGCGCCGUGAUCGAGACCAUCAUCCGAAGUGGCCGCUGGCUGGUCAUGGAGGAGAUCGUCAAGGGGGCGGCCCCUGAUCCCGAGCAAGGCGCUUACAUCGCGGAGAAGAAGGGCUUCUUCAGCUGGACCCGUCGCGGCAAGGGGAUGAAUAGGAGGAAAUCCACCGCCGGAAAGCACGCCUUGGAAAAGGGAGAUGGCCAAUUGAAAGCAAGCACUACCAUGGGCUUCAGCAAGACGAGCAUCGGUCCUGAUCAGCAGGCCAAGAUACAGGCCGCAGCACUGCAGCUGCAGAGGCAAGAACAGCAGAAGGCGCAGCAGCCGACGCAGGAGCGGCGGGGCAGACAAGACACCGAUUGGUUAAACGACAAGACUAACAGCGUUCUCACCCUCCAGCCGAGCAUCCUAGGCGAGGCAGCUCCGGCCGUCAAGUGGGCCAGAAAGUAUGACAAGGAGGCGAUCCGGGAGGCCUACCUGGCCGAUGCGAAUGCCGGUCGUGGUCCCGCGAGCGUGACGCCGCAAACCAACGGACAUGCUGCGCCCACAAGCGAGCCGGAACCUUGGCCGGAGCCGCCUUCCAAGGCGCCAUCAGCUUCCGCACGUCCGGGGGCGAUCACGACGACGACCUCCUCUUCGGCCCCGCGACGUGAUGAAGCGGCUGCGCCACAGACGCCACAGCAGCAAGAGAAGGAGCCGGAAGUCUCCAAGGAGCCAGAGAGUAUGGAGCAGGCGCGGGAACAGAUGGUGUCUCCGGAGCCCGACGCGAGCCCUGACAGCAAGAAGCACAAAAAGCUUCACAAAGACAUGGCCAAGCCUGGCGGCGGCAAUGGCCUGAUGAAGCUCUUCAGUCGCAAGAACCGCAGCUCCAAGGUUCCCGAGAAUGCGCCCGAGCAGCUCAAGUCAUUGGCUGCCGCUGAGCAGGCUUCCGCGCCGGUCGCGCCGCAGAAGGCGACACAGCGGGAAGAGCCCCAGCCGGCGAAACAGGAACCUGCUGCCCCGCAGAAGACCCAGGCGGCCCCAGUACGGGUCCCCGUUCCGGCUCCGAGCCCCGCCGAUCCGGUCUCGCCGCCCCCUGCUCCCCAGGUUGCCCAAAAGCCCGUCCCAGCCGCCGAAUCGCCGGCUCCUGAAAACGUAUCGCAUGCGAGCACGAGAGACCCCGCUGCGGCGAAGGACGAGUUCUCGCGCUUUGACCAAGGCCCGCUUCUCGACCAGCCUGCCUUCGUUCCUGUUGACGAUGACGACGAGACGGAUGAUGCCGAUGACGCCGUGCCGCCCCCGAUCGCCCGGCAUUCCCCCCGCGUUCCAUCCCCAGAAGCCGCAGCAAAGCAACCCAAUGAAGAGGACGCAGCACCGCCCCCGGCGCCCGUGAGUCGGGUGGCCGACGCGCAUGAACGGUUCGCACGGCUCCGCCAGAAUGCCGAGCGCGCUGCUCAGCGUCAGCCGCCUCCGCCCGCCAGGGUCUCGGGAAGCCUGCUUGGAGACGACAGCAGCGAGGAGACGAUCGAGUCUCGCGUCGCCCGCAUCAAGGCCCGCGUUGCCGAGCUGACCGGCGGCAUCGAGGCCCAGGGAGGGCCGGGUGCUCGCCCGCCGCCCCCGGUCCGCCGCCAGGUGUGAUGCGCUUUGUUUGCAUCCAUCCAGCCGUGGGUCCAACGGCGCCGGAUCUCGCCCGUGGACCGUGGAAAAGAUCGCCGGUG